UUCAAUCAUUUUCCAAUCACUUCCAGAUCGAGAAAUCGAACACUCCCAAGCCAGAUCUGGAUCUCUAUAUGCUGUGAAUGAAUCCUCAUGUCACCUUCCCCCCCGGCACGUUUUUUUGAGAUUUAAUAUGCAGAUGUCGUUAAAUCUAAGGAAAUCACACUAAAUUUCAAUCACCCAAUCUUGCUUCCAUGUUACCUCAAGGCUUACGGAAUUUGAUAAAAGGCAAACCAGAUCAAAGCGAACAAAUCUUGAACUUCACUAUAUCACAGUAUCUCUUCAUCUCUGCCGCCGCCACCAAUGGCCUCUUCUCGCAUCUCCUCCUCCGACAAGCUCACCAUGAGCAUUGCGAUCGCCACUCUGGAAACCUUUCUCACCAACCUCUCCCGCCACGUCCACCGCGCGUGGGCCUGUCGCCGCCCCUGGACCGAACUCACCGAUCGGACCGGCAUAACCAAGCCCGAAUCGCUCGCCGAAGCCGCCUCCAGAAUCCGGAAGAACUUGUACUACUUCCGCAUCAACUACCUUCUCAUUCUGGCUCUCGUAUUCGCCGUUUCCCUCCUCUCUCAUCCCCUGUCCCUUCUGCUCCUGAUCGCCGUGAUCGGAGCCUGGCUAUUCCUCUACAUUCUCCGGCCCCCAGAUCAGCAGCUCGUGAUCUUCGGCCGGAGGUUCACAGAUUGCGAGGCCCUGAUUGGACUGAGUCUGGUCACCGUCGUCGUGAUUCUGGGGACCAGCGUGGUGUCGCUGCUCCUCUCGGCUUUCGCAUUGGGGAUGGCGCUAGUGUGCGUUCAUGGGGCAUUUCGCUCCCCCGAGGAUCUGUUUCUCGACGAACAGGACACGUGGCCUACUGGACUUUUUCCCUUUGUUCGUAACAACGGGCCUACAUCUUCUCUGGGUAUCCCCGUGGGACCCCCUGCAGUUUGA